AUACAGUUUUUCUUUGGAUUUGAAAUACAUAAUUAUGGAAAAGAAAACUUCAAUGAAGUCUACACAAUGGAUAUUACAACCAUGGAGUCUUUUAUUCCUUAUUCUGAUUCAAUUCUUGGUACAAUUUUUAACAUCUAUCUAUCUUUAUACUUAUAUGACCCGUGUGGAAACAGAUGUUCUUAUUAUGCAAAACCAAGACUUUUUAGAAACUGAAAAAUUGGUACGAAGAAAACGAAGUAGUGCAUUACCUGUAACAGAGGAUAAUAAAGUUUCAGAUACCUCUAGGAUUUGGCAAGAGAAAGAUACAUUGAAAGAAUCUAAGAAAGUAACUUCAUCUCCUGUAAUAAAAUCAGGUUUGGCAUCUUCGCCAAUUACUCCUACAGGACAUGAUUGGGUAUGGUUAAAUGCAGAUACUCGUGUGCAGCUUGAUGCAAUUGUAAAGUUUUGUCGAUCAUCAAUGGAAUAUUGUCCACCAGGUUUGCCAGGAGCACCAGGAAGUCCAGGAGCUCCUGGGGAACCAGGCCUUCCUGGAUUACGAGGUAUAACUGGUCCAAAAGGACCACCUGGUUUGACAGGUCCUCCUGGUCCUCGUGGACCAAAAGGUGAUAUAGGACCAUCUGGUUUUGAUGGAAGAGAUGGAGUACCAGGGGAACCUGGUCUUGAUGGAAUACCUGGACGUAGUGGAUCAGAUGGGUCACCUGGAAUGAAUGGUAAACCAGGACUGAAUGGAUCUCCUGGUCGGCCUGGACGUAAUGGCACAGAUGGAUGGCCAGGUCAAAUGGGACCUCAAGGACCACCUGGACCGCGCGGAGAAAUGGGUCCUCCUGGUAGACCAGGCUUAUCAGGACAAGAUGGCAAACCAGGGAUAUCAGCCUGGAAGGUGAACACGAAUGAUUAUAAUAUGAAUGAUUUAUUAAUUCCACCUUCUAUCUUGGAUGAUCGCAUGUUACCUGGAACAUUAAAUUCUACAGGAUUAAUCUCUGUCCACGAAGGUACUAAUUUACGACUAAAAUGUGUAGCAAGUGGAAAACCUCAACCCACUGUUCAGUGGUUUAGAAGUGAUGCUACUGUCAUCCCUGUAGGAUCUUGGCAUGUUACCUCUGUAAUUGGACACACAUUUAACAUCAGCGUAGUUAAUAGAGAACAUAUGGGAGAAUAUACUUGUGUUGCUAACAAUGGAGUUCCACCUCAAGCAUUUAAAAGAUUCAAACUUCAAGUUAAAUUUUCUCCUUUUAUCAGAAUACGUAAUCAAAUGAUUCGUGUACGUAGUCAGAGCACUGCAGUUUUAGAAUGCGAAGUUGAAGCAUUUCCAGAACCAAUUGUUUAUUGGGAACGUGAAGAUGGACGUCGUCUCAAAAUGUCUGAUAAAUACAGACUAGAAGUUUAUGACAAGCGGGAUGUGUAUAAGCUUAAAAUGCGUUUAAAAAUUACAAAGAUAACAUCAGCAGAUCAUGGUACCUAUCAUUGUGUUGUUAAAAAUGAUAUUGACACUACUAAAGGUUCAUUUAUAGUUGAUGAUGAUGUAAAAAGUAUGGAAAAGUUAAAGAUAGGAAAACAGCAACAUGUUACAUAUGGAAAACCAGCACCACAGCAUGUUGAUUUAGAAGAACUUUGUGCACCACAUGAAACUUGUGCAGCUUGUCCUGUUUUAAGAUGUACUUUCACAGAUGUUGCUGAAUAUUUAAAUAUUCAACCACUCAAAAAUGUUAAUUUUACUGGACUUCCACCAAGAUUAGCAGAUGGCAUAAUUGAAGCAGUAGGGAAACCAGUUUUAAAGGGUAAUAUGGAUGAUCAUUAUGGAAGCUGGAUGCAUGACACAUCUAAAACUGAUAGUUAUCCAGAAAAACUUUGGGUUACUCGAAAGAAUGAAACUUCUUUCAUUUUUGAAUAUAAGUCAAAAGAUCAGUUUAAAAAUGCGAGUUCAUAUCCUAUCGCAUUACCGUAUCCAUUUCAGGGAAAUGGACAUGUAGUAUAUAACAAAUCAUUCUUUUACAAUCCUAUAAAUCGAUCUUCAAUUUUUCGCUUUAAUCUUCAUUCCGUUUCUGAUCAUGUAUGCGAUAAUGAGUUUUCGCGAUGUGAAUUACAUCUUCCAGGAUUAUUAGUAAACACAAAAAAUUAUCUGUAUACACCGAAUCAUAAUUUUAAUUAUGUUGAUUUCAAUGUAGAUGAAAAUGGAUUAUGGAUAAUAUAUGGAUUGCCAUCAAAUAAUACAGUGGUAAUAAAAAUGGAUGCAACUAACAUGAAUAUUCAACAUGCAUGGAACAUCAGUAUUGACAAUCACAAAUUUGGAGAAAUGUUUAUUGCUGGUGGAGUACUGUAUGCUGUUCAUAGUGUUACAGAAGAAACAAUGAAAAUAAGGUUGGCUUUCGAUCUUUAUAAAAAUAUUACAAUACCUGUUCAUUUAUCAUUUACAAAUCCUUAUCACAAAACUACAGCUGUUAGCUACAACCAUAAGACAAAAGAACUUUAUACUUGGAAUAAAGGAAAUCAAUUAGCCUAUCCAAUUAAAUAUCAGGGGUCUGCAAAUGCUACAGCAAAAGAAGAAUUCAGGGGUGCAGAAACUGGAAUUUAAAAUCA